AUGGGUCCAAGGUGUGCUACGGAAACUCGCAAACAUACGGCAGCAGCGCAGCCUGAAGUUUUCACUGUCGUUGAUAGCGAUGAUGAUAAUGACGACGAUGAUGAUGAUGAUGAUGAGGAGGAGGAGGAGGAGGAGGAGGAGGAGGAAACGCGCAAACAUACGGCAGCAGCGCAGCCUGAAGCCUGUCACAAACCAAGCUGA